AUGCUGGCUGAGCGUCUCUUCGUGGCCUUCGACAGCAAGAAAAAUGGAGUGAUAGACAUUGACGAAUUUCUAACGGGUGUUGCUGUGGUGCUGGCUGGGACUCCCGAGGAGAAGGCUGAUUUCAUCUACACAAUGUUCAACCUGGAUGCCGACGAAGGCGUCAGCAGAGAGGAACUGAACACCAUGCUCAACUCAGUCAUGCACUCGGCUGCAGAGGUGGUUGCAGCCAUCGACGGCAGUCCAAGCAAUAGCGUUGAUGCUAGUAUCAACGGUAGUGUGGCUGAUAAUUCGGGAAAGGAUGUCACGAACUCUUUCAUCUCAAAGCAGAAGUCUAUGGGUCCGAUGGUCAGCCGGCAGAUGUCAAAUAUUACCGUUGGCUCUCCGCUCUUUGGAAAACCGCUGCGACGACAGCAGUCGAAUAUCUCUGUUGAAUGUUCGACUUCAUCGCCGACCAGAGCUCCAAUGGUCGAUAUUUUGGCCACCACCACAGAUAUGGAAUCAUCGAAAAGUUUUGAGCACAAGAUGAACCAAGCGGUUAGUCCUGGAAUCUCGCAGCGCGAUUCGACGACUCACGGGCCGUCAGUGCCUGUGGACAUUACUGGACGUACUGUUUCGUCAGUAUCCUCGAGUGCACCGAGCAAUGGAAUAUCUCCGAAAGCGAAACCCGGAGCGAAGAAGAAUAGCUUGACGGUAUCUGGUAGCAUAGCGUCGUCAGGAUCAGCUGAAUUUGCGGUGGACAAUUCAGAGUUUGCGACGGAUUUGAGUUUGAAACACCGCAGUAUCAGUCACGAAAUCAGCAUGCCCUCAUCCGUGCCAAUGCAGGUAGGGAAUGGCACCGUUGGAUCCGAAAAGGGCUCAGUCGUUUCCGUGAAGAAUCUAACCGAGGUACAGAGGUCGGAUAUAUCCUCGCCUCUGAUGACACGGAGAGCUAACAUGCGCGUGAAAGGGAGUGGAGGAAAUGUGACCAUCAGCGCAUCGCAGAAGGGCCUAGAGAAUCUCACCACAGUUGGUGAGCUGGUCAAGGAGAUGGUUGAUCAGGCGUUCGCGAAAUGUGACGUGUCCAGGACUGGCAAACUAAAUCACAAAGAGUUCAAGAAUUGGCUUGCCAACAACGAAUCUGUUCUGGAUUCCAUUUUUAGUGCCGAAUGCUUCUCCAAGCACAGAUUUUUGGGAAGGAAAAUGCCUGUGGAUAGAGAGGUGAAGGCAGGAUACCUAUACAAAGCAACUACGCACCCAGUGAAGCCGUAUAAGAAGCGGUGGUACAAGGUCACGCGUCAGUUUCUAUACUACUUUGAGAAGAAGAAUGAUCGGACGCCGUCUGGCGCCAUAUACCUCCCCGGGGCGUACAUUGCAGUGUAUGAUGCGUGGAAGGAUUCCAAGGACUCGCAACGCCACGGAGCAAAGGGAAAGCGAUACGGGUUUUCUGUGACUUCCAAUCACAACACACACGUGCUUUACUGUGACCCCGAUAUCAUCAACGAAGCUCAAAUCUGGGUGGAUACGAUCAACAAAAACAAUGAUUUAUCGGACAUCAAAGACUGGUACUUGUUCAACACCGAUGGCAAUGUCGAUAAGCUGGGCAGUGGAGGGUUCUCGCACGUGUACAGAGCAGUGUUCAAGAACUCGGGCGAGCGCGUGGCUGUGAAGAUGAUCGACAAACGGCCCUUAGACCCAGUGGAGAGGGAGGGCAUGUUGGCGGAGGUUGCCAUACUCAAACUGACAAAUCACAUCAAUGUUGUGGGCUUAUUCGAAGUUUACGAUACCAAGAGCCACAUGUACCUGGUUAUGGAGGAAUGCGAAGGCGGUGAGCUCUUGAAAUACUGCAAGGACGGUCCUCUACCUGUUCGUACCUACGUUUGUAUUCUUCACCAAAUGUUUGAAGGGCUUCGAUAUCUACAUGAAAUUGGAAUAGUCCACCGAGAUAUCAAACCAUCGAAUCUUCUGGUAACAAGCUCAGAUCUGGCAAACGCUGACUUAAAGAUCGUGGACUUCGGAUUUUCUAAGUUUGUGCGGCCAUCAGAGAGACUGAACGAUACAGUCGGUACACUGAAGUACAACGCACCGGAGAUUAUCAACACAGACGUCGCUUACGGCAAACCAGUGGAUAUGUGGUUUGAUGAGGAGAACCGGGAGUACAGAGCUUUACCAGAUGAAGCGAAAUCCCUAAUACGCAGUUGCCUGCGGGUGUCAGCGAAAACGCGCCCAACCGCCGAGGAAGUGCUACGUGGGGACUUUUUCAAACUUUACGAAGAAGACUUGAUGCAAAUGAACCUCGGCCACGAACUGUCAACUUUGGGGGUGGGUGGGAUCAAACCAAUCGCAGAGAAUGAUUCUGUAGCUGAAGACACCACACCAGAGACCAAUGACUCAAUAGCUGAUGGUGAGGAAACAAGUGCCAAGAAGAGGUAGCAGUUAAAGACAUGAGGGCAUGUGGUCCUGAUCGAUCUGCUGUGGAGCCGACAGACACCUACUAAGUUAAAGACGGAGUAAAGUAGAUGGGUAUGUAUGGCUGUGGUGGGCUAUUGCGGCCAGACAGGAUCGGAAAGCACAAAUAGAGGUAGUAAUGCAGGCGUGGGUAUGCGACCGGUAAUGAUAUAUUGAAGAAGCGUUAAGCACCUGCUAGCAUACAGAAGUGUAUCUGUAGGGCGAGUGAGUGGGGUCCUCAAUGAGUUGUAUUGAAGAGCCAGGCAUCCAUUUGCUUGAAGCGAAGAUCCAACUGAGAUGGAGAGUGCUUAUGUUCUGCAGUUAUAGGUGUUAAAAACACAGACAAUAUUAACAUCUGACGUUGAGGAGGCGACACUUAUACGAAGAUAGAGAUGAGUCUCAAGAAGUGUGUGUGUAGCGUGAGAAUAGCCAUACGAGAGGACACGACAUUUCUAGGCCAGCCAUCAGAACUCUUGGUGAUAUGCCGCGGGACACCUUUGGGUUUACAUGGCCGGGAAACACUGACGGGGGUCAGAUGUGUGACGAAUGAUUGCUGAAGGAGAAUUGGGAUAUCUUUCGAAUGAGAGUCGAUUGAAGGGCGAGAGGAUACAAUUUGGAUCUUGAGUGAGGGAUGUGAGUUUGAUGUUGUUGUCGAGAUGGAAAUACAGCAUUUUGUAUUUACAGUCUUAGUGUACAAUCUAACAUCGGGUACAACAGUUAGCGAUGAGUAGUAGGCAAGGGUAUACAGUGCUAAGGUUUAUACUAGUAAUAUAUAGAACACAGAAGGCACCAAGUCGAAAUAGCAGGGAGACGUGCGAUAUCAAUCGGAGACGUGGGCGGAAAGGAAAAUGAUGGAUUUACGGAUAGUAUGUACCGUAUCAGUGUGUAAUGUCGACAGAAGGGAUAAUAAUACAAAUAUGAAUAGUAUGCACAUUAUCAAUGUGGAAUGUCGGCAGAAAGGGGAUACUUCGUCAGAUUGUACUGAGGAUAAGUGAAAAAGUAUCAAGUGAUAUAUAGUUAAAACAAAAAGAGAUUUAAAC